AUGUUGUCGCCGCAGAAUCGAUCCAUCUACGAGAUCAAGGGGAAUAUAAAAGCAAGCAGGAAGCACGAGAACGGGAAAGUCAAGCGGAUCUCUGAGUUCCCUUACCGUGACGGAUGGGCGUCACCUCCUCUGCCGUCGCUACAGCAGUCCGCCGGUAUACCAUCCGUGGAGCCUUUUUACUUGAAAAAAGUGUUCGUGUGGGUGCCUGAAUACAUCUGGAACGAGAUCGACUGCAUUCCCUGUCCGCAUUGUGGCGAGCGUGGGCAGCCGGAUGGGUGGAAUACUGACGCACGCCGAGUGUUCUUAGAACAAGAUGUCUGUUAUUUGAUCGGCUACAGGUACUACUGCAAGCGAUGCACCGACGCCAACGCCAUGAAGAACAGUGAGGAUCGUACAACCGCGACCUUCAAAGCGUGGGAUCCUGACGUUUUGGCCCGGAUGGAUGAUUUCGUGUCGAAGGAAUUUCCGUUUGUCCUGACGAGGAAAGCCGCUAUUUCCAGGAGCUUGAUUGACCGUCUUGCAGAUGAUCUCCUUGAGGGGAAGGGCUUCGCGGCGACUUCGAAGUCCCUUCAAAAUGCGUACACCGCAACGUACUUCAAACUUUAUCGUUCGUACGUAUCUCUAGCCAACCGCCGUGUGUCUCAACUUAAGGGCUUGGGCUUGUUGGGGCCAGAUGCCGACGUCGGUAAGAUCCCGAAAUUCGAGGAAAUGGCAGACGCGUUGGGGUUUAACAGCAGGCAUCCAUCGGCGCACUAUCUGGGAGACAUCUGGCACAAGUGGUUCGACGAGAUGCCUGUGACGAUUUUUCUGCGGAACUGUCGCCGGUUGGUGCCGGAACGGGAACGUUUGUUGAAGCGUUUCAAUAAAGUGAUAGAGCUGUUCUGGGAUGUCAUUGAUUCCAAGUCGGGAGAAAUUCUCCUACGGCCGAAAGCCAUGGACGCCGUUAACCUCCUGCGCAGGCACAUCGAAGCUGACCGCUUGAGUGAUCCCAACGAUGUAGCGCUGUACUACACAACGGGCAAGACCACAGGGGGGAUCACCUCGCGUCGCUGUGUCCGCGGAACCAAUAGCACCGAGGGUUACCAUCGUUUGCUCCUCAGGUUGCUAUCGACGUAUUGCGCGUCCCCCGCGCUAGCCCACUCCAUCCUUCUUGAGUUCAAACAUCGCUGGAAUAUCAAGAUGGCUGUGAAGAACCUGUCGAAGGAGAUCGGCGGAUGCUUCGAUCAGUUCGACAUCGAGAUCAUUCAACGCGAGACGACGUCCUGGGACCCGGACUGCCCGGUAUUUUCUGAAUAAGUUUCGGCACUUGACGCGGCAGACACUGGCGAGAGGAGUGGACUCGCGCAGAGCAUGUGGGGGGGGGCUGAUACUGGUGAUUUGGGGGUUGAUGCUCUUGGCGAGUAAGAAAUGGUCCAAAAUGCUGUGCCUCUUCCUAAGCUCACGCAUUCCGCUAACGAGUAUGCACGCGUGAUGAACGUCGGAAUGCCUGAAAUGCCCGUGCACAAUGGAGUAGAGAGGCGGAAAUUUGCCAGCGAACUCAGUGCUUUUCAAUAUAUACCGGGCCAGCAGAUGGGUAGACUCCAGCAAUACCAGGGCGUCAACUUCGCCGGAUGGGCACAGAAGUGGAACGAGCACUGCGGCAAGAUUGAAUCUGGCCGGGUGGAGUGGGAAGCAGUGUAUCGUAAAACCGCGAGGCAAUUGCAGGCUUACUACGAGCUUUACAGACAACGCGCGAAUGCUACGAACACUAUGAUUCCAUUUCGCCAAGCAAUGCGGAGUUGCGAAGUACUUUGCAGGAGCCUGCGGGAGGCGAGGAGUUUGCUGGUAUGGUCGGUAGCGUAGUGCCCCCGGCUGUUCCACGGAGUCGUUCUGGGGCAGGAGUUGGCGCUUGUUACGGGGGUGGCGCAGCGGCUGGUGUAGUGGGUGGCGCAGCUGCUGAUGUAGGGGGUGGACUGAUGGUCGAUGUUGUGGGCGGCGGACAUGCGGAGUUUAGCCCAGAACCAGAGUCGACAAAGGCCGAGGGCCCACCUCGAGCCCCUCAGCAGUAUUUUACGUGCGGCCACCGCAGACAGCAAGGCGGAAAUAAGGUGGCGCACCCUCCCCCGCGAGAGAGGGGAGAGAGCCACGCUAACAAUGUACCAGUUGAGGUGUACCGGCCUGACGCACACAGGACUGGAAAAAUGAGGCCGGAGGGGAAGGGAGGGUGGUCUAAGUGUGAUUGUGCCAAGUGCACUUCAACUGCAUAGAUAGCCAACGUCCGGGGUAGGUAGCAUUUUGUUUUUGUUUCGUCUCGUCGUAAAAAAUCGCAAUGGUAAAGU